CUCCCUCCCUGGCUUAUUUUCUCUUUACUUAUCAUCGUCUCUGCUUUUCUUUCCAGCGCUGUUCUGUGCCUGAACAGAUUUCCUUAAUCUCUCAUUUGUUGUCUUUUUUCUUCCCCCUUUCCCAUUUCCAUCACUCUCUGGCUAGUCUUCACCCCUCCUUCUAUCCCUCCUUCAUACCCCUCCUUUUCCCAUGCUUCUGUCUUCUCUAUAGCCCCCCUUUUCUCUAUCACUCCCUCCCUUCCUCUCUAUCCUUCUCUACACAGCUACCUAUUCCCUCUGCUUCUGCCUCUCGCCCUCUGCCUCUUUUGUGCUGGAUCCUGGAUAUUUCUAAAGGAAGACAGAGACUGCCUUUCUCCCUGAUUCUCAGUCUCUCCUUUCUGCAUCACCCCCAGAUGUGCUUUGUGCUGCAUUUGGGAGGCAGUGUCUGGGACAUGACACCAGCAGCAGAAUGAAGCAUGGAAGAGAAAGAAAGGGAAGGCAUGGACUGUGCCCCUUUCUCCGACAUCACCACCUUCUGUAGAUGUUUGCAGAAGAGAUCCUAAAAAACAGGUGGGAACACGUACAAGUCGAAGAGAAGAAUUGCAAUGAGAGAGUAAUGUCAUGCCCAGACUACCACAGGGCUCCAUGACGAUUUGUGGAAGAUGCCCCGUGUCCUGGCGCCUAUGGUGCUCGUUCUCCUGUGGCUGAUGAAAUCUGCUGGUAGCCCCUCCCUACGCAUAGCUGCGAUUCUGGAUGAUCCCAUGGAAUGCAGCAGAGGAGAGAGGCUGUCCAUAACAUUGGCCAAGAACCGUAUUAACCGGGCACCAGAACGGCAAGGCAAAGCAAGACUAGAGGUGGACAUUUUUGAGCUACUGAAAGACAGCGAGUAUGAGACUGCAGAAACCAUGUGCCAGAUUCUGCCUAAGGGUGUUUUGGGUGUAUUGGGCCCAUCUUACAGCCCUUCAUCGAGUUCCAUCAUAAGCAACAUCUGUGGGGAGAAGGAGGUACCACAUAUAAAAGUCUCUACUGAAGAAUUCCUAAGAUUUCAGUACCAGAGAUUUACUACUUUGAACCUUCAUCCCAGCAACACUGACAUUAGUGCGGCUGUAGCAACUCUGCUCCGGUUUUUCAACAGCACCACUGCCUGUCUCAUCUGUGCUAAGGCAGAGUGUCUGUUGAACCUGGAGAAGUUGCUCCGUCAGUUUCUCAUCUCCAAGGAUUGUUUGUCAGUGAGGAUGCUUGAUGAUACCUGGGAUCCUACUCCGCUUUUGAAGGAGAUCCGAGAUGACAAGACCAGCACUAUCAUUGUCCAUGCCAAUGCUUCAAUGUCGCACACAAUUCUGAUGAAGGCAGCUGAGCUGGGAAUGGUGACAGCUUAUUACACGUACAUCUUUACUAAUCUGGAAUUUGUAUUGCAACGAUUCGAGUCUCCAUUGGAUGAUCGUGUGAAUAUUUUAGGUUUUUCCAUGUUCAAUCAAUCACACAGCUACUUCAAAGAAUUUGCACACACGCUUCAACAGUCCUGGGAGGAGAACUGCGAUCACUCCCCUUUCACUGGUCCUGCUCUUUCAGCUGCUUUGCUUUUUGAUGCAGUUUAUGGAAUAGUGAGUGCAGUACAAGAAUUAAACCGAAGUCAGGAGAUUGGAGUCAAGCCUCUGUCCUGUGGUUCUUCCCAAAUCUGGCAACAUGGCACAAGCCUUAUGAACUACUUGAGAAUGGUAGAGUUGGAAGGUCUCACUGGCCACGUGGAAUUCAAUAGCAAAGGACAAAGGUCAAACUAUGAUAUGAAGAUCAUGCAGUACACGAAGACUGGCUUUCAGGAGAUUGGACAAUGGCACGUCACAAAUGGUCUCAACAUGGAUAAGAGAUAUUUUUCACCAAAUGCCUCAGACACUUUGGUUAACAAGACCCUUAUAGUCACAACUAUCCUAUUUUUUUUGCAGGAAAAUCCAUACCUCAUGUUGAAAGCAAACCAUCAGGAAUUAGAGGGUAACGACCGGUAUGAAGGUUUUUGUGUAGACAUGCUAAAGGAGCUUGCUGCCAUCCUGCGAUUCAAUUACAAAAUCCGCCUGGUUGCUGAUGGUGUUUAUGGUGUCCCAGAGCUGAAUGGCACCUGGACUGGCAUGGUUGGAGAGCUAAUUUCCAGGAAAGCAGAUUUGGCUGUUGCAGGCCUCACAAUUACAGCUGAAAGAGAGAAGGUGAUUGAUUUCUCCAAACCAUUCAUGACUUUAGGAAUCAGCAUCUUGUACCGCGUUCAUAUGGGACGGAAGCCUGGCUAUUUCUCUUUCCUUGAUCCCUUCUCUCCUGGUGUGUGGCUCUUCAUGCUUCUUGCCUAUUUAGCUGUCAGCUGUGUGCUGUUCCUGGUAGCUCGCUUAACUCCAUAUGAAUGGUACAGUCCUCACCCAUGUGCACAGGGAAGGUGCAAUCUUCUAGUGAAUCAGUACUCCCUUGGGAAUAGCCUUUGGUUUCCUGUAGGGGGAUUUAUGCAGCAAGGAUCUACAAUUGCACCAAGAGCUCUGUCUACCCGCUGCGUCAGUGGUGUCUGGUGGGCAUUUACCCUGAUAAUUAUUUCAUCGUAUACAGCCAAUCUUGCUGCAUUUCUCACUGUGCAAAGAAUGGAUGUCCCCAUUGAGUCAGUGGAUGACCUGGCAGACCAGACCACAAUCGAAUAUGGUACAAUUCAUGGCGGCUCCAGCAUGACCUUCUUCCAAAAUUCUCGCUAUCAAACCUAUCAGCGAAUGUGGAAUUACAUGCACUCAAAGCAGCCCAGUGUAUUUGUCAAGAGCACAGAGGAGGGAAUCGCAAGGGUGUUGAACUCUAACUAUGCCUUUCUACUGGAAUCCACUAUGAAUGAGUAUUAUCGGCAACGAAACUGUAACCUUACUCAGGUUGGUGGUCUGCUGGAUACCAAGGGCUACGGCAUUGGCAUGCCAGUAGGCUCUGCUUUCCGUGAUGAGUUUGACCUUGCAAUCCUUCAACUGCAAGAAAACAAUUGUCUGGAGGACCUGAAACGAAAAUGGUGGGAUGGAGGCAAAUGCCCAAAGGAGGAGGACCACAGAGCAAAAGGUCUGGGAAUGGAAAACAUUGGUGGUAUAUUUGUGGUAUUAAUAUGUGGGCUUAUCGUAGCUAUUUUAAUCGCAAUGCUGGAGUUUCUUUGGACUGUACGGAAUGCUGAGGAUAGUGAGGUUUCUGUGUGCCAAGAGAUGGCAUCAGAGCUAAGCAGCAUUAUCCUUUGCAAGGACAGCUUUCUGCCUCGUCGGAGGCGCGGGGGAGUGAUACGUGGCAGACCUAUAACUCAAGAUGAUAGACGGGGACGUAAUACUAGCAUUCUAAGCAAUGGUAAACUGUGUGGAGGCAGUGGACCAGACCCACUAACACAGAGACUGGCACAGGAAGCAGCAUUGGUAGCCAGAGGAUGUACGCACAUUCGAGUAUGCCCCGAGUGCCGUCGCUUCCAGGGUCUCAGAGCUCGAACUUCUGUAGGUUCUCCAGCACAAAGUGAGGACAGUUUAGAGUGGGAGAAGACAACAAACAGCAGUGAGCCGGAAUAGCAAAAACUAACAGAAACAGAAAAGAGUCCACUAUAUGUUUUUUACAGACCAUAAAAAAUGUAAAUUUACACUUUUUACACCUGGGCGUACAAACCAAGGAUCAGUUAUACCCGAAGAAGCUCUCUUGAUUUGUGAGCUGAAAUUAAAUGCCCUGCUGACAUAACAGAUGGGUAUCCUCAAACAUGACUAUGCCUCCAUAAGCAAUUAAAAGGCACCCUCAAAAUAUACAGUGGAUAAAAAAAUAAUGUUGAAUGUGAUUCCCAUGCUUGGAUAGGGUCCAAAGGUUUGUAAUGAUGACUAGACUGUCUGUAAUUGGAUUCAAACCUAAAAAUAAUUUCCCUUCCAUAAAAGCUGUCUGUCAUUUCUCAGUCACCGAGGUAAAGGUUUUGUGUUGAUUUUCUUUUGCGUUUGUUGGGUACUUUAACUGAUAAAACUAAAGUUAUUUUAAAUAUAUUAUUGGUUCAGAAAAUAAGGUAGUCAUGUCUUAAAUAGUCCUGUUUUAAAAUAUCAUGCCAAAAAAUAUGGAGGAUUAUGUGGACCACCAAAUUUUAAUGGCUUGUUGAAAAUGUAUUUAUAUUCAGUGCCAAGCCCAAACACUGGCCACAUAAAGCCUGUACUGAUUUCUCCACCUUUCCAGAUUGAUCUAAACACCUAAAAAAGGCUUGUGUAAAGCAUUUCAUUGAGAAUUGCUGUUGCUCAAGAGUAUUUAGUCUAAAAAAAUCUAUCUCUUCCAAGACUUCAAAAAAUGUUUUGCAUAAGAAGGAAAUCUUUUUUUUUUUUCCGAUGAAAACUACAACUCUAUGCAAUUUCUGUAAAAUAAAGAGAAAUUCAUAAAUAUA